AUGACUUCUCCUUGUAUCGCAUCUUCCUUCACUCCCACUGUUUGCAGUGAUUCCCAAAACAGCGUAUUGAACAGCCUUGUUUCCAUGGUGCCAUCCUUUGAUCAACAACAAUACCAUCAUCCUUAUGAGCCACGUCGUUUUAGCUAUGCUGAAAUGCUUUCUUCGGAUCAGCCUUACUACAUGGCAAGCAACACUACACCCUCUCCACCACCCUCGUCUCUCAGCAGCAUCAGCAGCAACAAUAGCAGCACCGAUGAUUUGAUGGAUCCUGUGGUGAGCAUGGCAGCCUUGUCUAGCAACUUUUUGUCACCCGUACAUCCAUUGGCAUCUUCACACCGUCAUUCAAUUGGUGGUCCCGCUGUCUUUCCUCAGUUGAACUUUUAUGAUCCUUUGCCUAACCAUGGUAAUGUGCGACACCACUCUUUCAGCCAUCCACCUGCUGCCGAACUUUACGAGACCCCCAAGAAGCCAUCCUCCUCCUCCUCUGCAACAACCAAGAAAAUGACACGCUCUAGGGGUCGUCGUGUCUCAAGUGCCCCUAGCAACAAUGGCGCACGCAUGUUCACAUGUACUGCUGACGGUUGUGGCAAGAUGUUUAAACGCUCAGAGCACCUUAAGCGUCACAUUCGAUCCAUUCAUACCCUUGAAAAACCCUUUGAAUGCCCUUAUCAAAGCUGCAGCAAGCGUUUCUCUCGAUCUGACAACUUGAACCAACACAUUCGCAUCCAUCGUCACAGCUCUUCUGCCAAGGAUAACACAAAGCCAUCCAUGGCUGCUACUAGUGGUGCUCCUACUCAGCCAAGCCUUGUCCCAAGCUUCAUGUGA